CCAGUGAAUAAAGCAGUGACCUAAAAUAUAUCGAAUAUGUCUGGGAAAUGUAAUAAUUGUGGCUUUAUAUUGCGAAAGACUGGAAAACGAAAGAAAACAUUGCAAACCGAAGAUGAAGUGCGUAAAUACAGUGUUCCUCAAAUGAAGCUACUUAAAGUUGGAGAUGUUCUGUGUCAUAAAUGUCGAUUAAUUCCGUAUGCUAAAUCACCGGCUACUGACGACACACGCCCAGGACCUUCCCGUAUUAAUAUAGAAACAGAACGACGUGAUAUUUUACAAUUUGAAUCAGCGGACGAAGAAGACUAUCAUUAUUAUGAUGAUAAUGAUGAAGAUGAAGACUUUUGUAUGAGUCACAGUUCUGAUGAAGACACCAUGAUAUUGCCGUUAAAAAGAGUAAUUUCAACUCAUAAGUAUUGUAUUUUGUGUAGCUCACAAUCUAAUAUUAAAACAAUACCAAAAGAAGCCCGAUAUCAAGCUUUUAUUAAACGAAGAAUUUUCAUUCCGAAUGGAGACCGUUGUUGCUCACAACACUUAAUAAAAAACAAGUUUUUUGAAGAUGAACUGUCACGCUUGCGCAUUCACUCCAAUUACAGUGUUUUAUCUGCAAAAGAAGUCUCAACAUUUUUAGAUUUACUUUCAGAAAAAGUUGAAGCUACUCUGUUUAAACAAAUAGGUGAUUCUACCAUGCCUGAAGAAAAACUAAAAGACACCAUAGAUGCUUCUAGAACUACUAAUACAAGUACUAUAAUCGAAUUCGGUUAG